GCCCAUGGCAACAACCGCGUUUUACUGAAUCAUUUUAUCCAUCAUCAAUUCCCACAAUGCUCCGAGAGAUGCCAAAAUAUUGAGGUUUUCUAGGUAUGAUGGCGCUAGGUGUUGUACACUAAAAAGAGAGUAACCUAAAACCUGGAGGGACUUGUAUUAACUGCGAGGAAAAAACGGAGCGGCGAACUACUGAUGUUCAAAUCUAGCUGCUGAGAUUCAUGGAAAAAGGACACGACAGCUCCACCAGUAUGGCAGCGUCAGAGCUGUACACAAAGUUUGCUCGGGUGUGGAUCCCUGAUGCAGAUGAGGUGUGGAAGUCAGCAGAGCUCACUAAGAACUACAAACAUGGAGAUUCCACCCUACACCUCACACUGGAGGAUGGAAUGGACAUUGAGCACAAGCUGGAUGAUAAGACAAAGAACCUUCCUCACCUCCGGAACCCUGACAUCCUGGUGGGGGAGAAUGACCUCACAGCUCUUAGCUACCUCCACGAGCCGGCCGUCCUGCACAACCUUAAAGUCCGCUUCACCGACUCCAAACUCAUCUACACAUACUGUGGUAUUGUGCUGGUGGCCAUUAAUCCCUAUGAGAACCUUCCCAUCUACGGUAGUGACAUCAUCAAUGCGUACAGUGGCCAGAACAUGGGAGACAUGGACCCUCACAUCUUCGCUGUGGCUGAGGAGGCUUACAAACAGAUGGCCAGAGAUGAGAGGAACCAGUCUAUAAUCGUAAGCGGUGAGUCUGGAGCAGGGAAGACUGUCUCAGCUAAAUACGCCAUGCGCUACUUUGCUACGGUCAGUGGAGCAGCCACAGAGGCCAACGUAGAGGAGAAGGUCCUCGCAUCCAACCCCAUCAUGGAGGUAUGACUCCUCUCCCUUCCCCUCGCCUCUCUUCUCCCUCUCCUCGCUCCAGUCCUCUGCAAAGCCUGCCUCAUGGUGUGUUCAUGUGGAGU